UGUAAAAUGGCGGCCGCGGCGACGGAGACGUGGUGGCUGCUGCUGCUGCUGGUUCCUCUGGGCCGGACCUUCUACGUCCCCGGGGUGGCUCCCAGAGACUUCAGGGAGGGGGAGACGGUGGACAUUAAGGCGGUGAAGCUGACCAGCUCUAGGACCCAGCUGCCCUACGAGUACUACUCCCUCCCCUUCUGUAAACCUGAGGCCGUCGUUUACAAGGGAGAGAAUCUGGGCGAGGUCCUGCGCGGCGACCGCAUCGUCAACACCCAGUACAGCGUGGAGAUGAGCCGGGACAGGAAGUGCCAGCUGGUCUGCAGCAGGAAGUUGAGCCUGGACGAGAGCAAGCUGGUGGCCGAGAGGAUCCAGGAGGACUACUACGUCCACCUGAUUGCAGACAACCUCCCGGUGGCCACCCGGCUGGAGUUUUACCCCAACAAGGAGGGAGACGAGGAGCAGAAGAAGGACGUGCAGUUUGAGCACGGAUACCGACUGGGCUUCAUGGACAACAACAAGUUCUACCUGCACACCCACCUGUCCUUCAUCCUGUACUUCCACCGGGAGAAGGUGGAGAAGGUGGAGGAGGGAGAGGAGGAGCUGCACGAGUACCGGGUGGUUCGGUUCGAGGUGCAGCCGCAGAGCGUCAAGGCUGAAGACCUGAAGGCUGCAGAGUCUGAUAAAACCUGCUCCCUCCCCGAGUUCAGCAGCUCGGCCCCCCAGGAGAUCGACCCCAGCAGGGAGAACACGGUGCUGUUCUCCUACUCCGUCCACUGGGAGGAGAGCCAGAUCAAGUGGGCGUCCCGCUGGGACACCUACCUGACCAUGAGUGACGUCCAGAUCCACUGGUUCUCCAUCGUCAACUCCGUGGUGGUCGUCUUCUUCCUGUCUGGAAUCCUCAGCAUGAUCAUCAUCAGGACGCUGAGAAAGGACAUCGCUAACUACAACCGGGAGGACGACAUCGAGGACACCAUGGAGGAGUCUGGAUGGAAGAACGUCCACGGAGACGUGUUCCGACCGCCGCAGUUCCCCAUGAUCCUCAGCUCCCUGCUGGGCUCCGGCAUCCAGCUGUUCUGCAUGAUCCUCAUCGUCAUCUUCGUGGCCAUGUUGGGGAUGUUGUCUCCGUCCAGCAGAGGAGCCCUGAUGACCACUUCCUGUUUCCUGUUCAUGUUCAUGGGGGUUUUCGGCGGAUACUUCGCCGGCCGGCUGUACCGGACACUGAAGGGCCAUCGCUGGAGGAAAGGAGCUUUCUGUACGGCGACGCUCUACCCGGCCGUCGUGUUCGGGAUCUGCUUCGUGCUGAACUGCUUCAUCUGGGGGGAACACUCGUCCGGAGCCGUCCCCUUCACCACCAUGCUAGCUCUGCUCUGCAUGUGGUUCGGGAUCUCUCUGCCGCUGGUUUACCUCGGCUACUACUUCGGGUUCAGGAAACAGCCGUACGACAACCCGGUCCGGACCAACCAGAUCCCCCGGCAGGUCCCGGAGCAGCGCUGGUACAUGAACCAGUUCGUGGGGAUCCUGAUGGCCGGGAUCCUCCCGUUCGGCGCCAUGUUCAUCGAGCUGUUCUUCAUCUUCAGCGCCAUCUGGGAGAACCAGUUCUACUACCUGUUCGGGUUCCUGUUCCUGGUCUUCAUCAUCCUGGUGGUUUCCUGCUCCCAGAUCAGCAUCGUCAUGGUCUAUUUCCAGCUGUGUGCAGAGGAUUACCGCUGGUGGUGGAGGACCUUCCUGGUGUCUGGAGGCUCCGCCUUCUACGUCCUGAUCUACGCCGUCUUCUACUUUAUUAACAAGCUGGACAUCGUGGAGUUCAUCCCGUCUCUUCUCUACUUCGGCUACACGGCCCUGAUGGUUCUGUCCUUCUGGCUGCUGACGGGAACCAUCGGCUUCUACGCCGCGUACGUGUUCGUCCGGAGGAUCUACGCCGCCGUCAAGAUCGACUGAGGCCCGCUGGCCAGUGGCCGGUAGCCGCCGGCCACUGGCCAGCGGCCACCGGCCACCGGCCGCCGUCAAGAUCGACUGAGGCCCGCUGGCCAGUGGCCGGUAGCCGCCGGCCACUGGCUACCGGCCACCGUCAAGAUCGACUGAGGCCCGCCGGCUGCUGGGCGCCGGCCGCUGGCUGCCGUCAAGAUCAACUGAGGGCGCCGGCUACCGGCCGCUGACUACCGGCUACCGGAUCUCCUCCAACCUUUCCUUUGUUUCUCUUUUGUUUUUUAAUGUAUUUUUUACGGUAAUGUGGAGCACUGACGAGUGCAGGGAACCAGAAACCCCAAACCCCCCGGAGGCCCGGCCUCCUCCCUCCUCUGGAGGGGGGUGCCGUUUCCCACGGCCCCUGAACGCAGCAGCGUCCUCCCUCCAAACACAUCUGACUCGGAGGGAGCUGCCGUUUCCCACGGCCCUCGAACGCAGCAGGACUCGGAGGGAGCUGCCGUUUCCCACGGCCCCUGAACGCAGCAGGACUCGGAGGGAGCUGCCGUUUCCCACGGCCCCUGAACGCAGCAGGACUCGGAGGGAGCUGCCGUUUCCCACGGCCCUCGAACGCAGCAGCGGCCAGAACUCUUUCAUUAUUUCUUUGUUUCUUUGUUUCUACUUCCGGCGCGUCGUCGGCCCAACUAAAGGUUUCACUUUGUGACUUUAACUUCCCUGGAAAAACCUUUCUAUUAGUUUCAUUUCUGGAUCUUUGGUUUGUGUUUGUGAACCGGUUUGUCUGCGUUUCCUUCGGUUUGUCUGCGUUUCCUUCGGUUUACCUGCGGUUCCGUGGGUUUGUCUGUCAGGCCGAUAAACUUCCUUUGUAAUGAGAGAAAAGCUGUAAAUUAAACCUGCUGUUUUUUUACUCUGUUUCUGC